AUGGGGAAACAUUCUAAGUAUUUUGGUUUACUAGCUGUGGUAUUUGUUCUGGUGAUAGCGAUAGGGGAAUGCAGGAAGCUUGAGAUGGAUGAUUUUUCUGACGGCUUUGGUGGUGGUUUAGGCGGUGGGGCUGGUGCAGGAGGAGGUGGAGGACUUGGAGGCGGUGGUGGUGUUGGAGGAGGUGGAGGACUCGGAGGUGGUGGUGGUUUAGGAGGAGGUGGAGGCUUAGGAGGUGGUAAAGGUGGUGGCAUAGGAGUUGGGGGUGGUGGAGGCGCUGGAGGUGGAGGAGGUGCUGGCGGUGGCCUUGGAGGUGGUGCAGGUGGAGGUGCUGGAGGUGGCUUAGGAGGGGGAGCUGGUGGUGGCUUUGGUGGAGGGAAAGGUGGUGGUGUUGGAGGAGGAGCUGGUGGGGGUGCUGGAGGUGGCUUAGGAGGGGGAGCUGGUGGAGGUGCUGGAGGUGGCUUAGGAGGGGGAGCUGGUGGAGGUGCUGGUGGUGGUGUGGGAGGAGGAGCUGGUGGGGGUGCUGGAGGUGGCUUAGGAGGGGGAGCUGGUGGAGGUGCUGGUGGUGGCUUUGGUGGAGGGAAAGGUGGUGGUGUGGGAGGAGGAGCUGGUGGGGGUGCUGGAGGUGGCUUAGGAGGGGGAGCUGGUGGAGGUGCUGGUGGUGGCUUUGGAGGAGGUAAAGGUGGUGGUAUAGGAGGAGGAGCUGGUGGGGGUGCUGGAGGUGGCUUUGGAGGAGGCAAAGGUGGUGGUGGAGGAGUUGGAGGUGGAGCUGGUGGAGGCUUUGGAGGAGGUGCAGGUGGCGGAGUAGGAAUUGGAGGUGGUGCAGGUGGAGGUGGAGGAGCAGGCGGUGGUUUCGGAGGAGGUGCUGGCGGUAGGUUUUGA